AUGACAUUUAGAGAUAAUCCAAGACUCGGAUCAGUUGGCAAUACAUCUACAGAUCACAUGACUAUCACCCCAAUUGGUCAACCGGUAAAGAGGCCAAGAGGUCGACCGCGAAAAAGACCAAGAGUUGAGACACAAACUCACGACACGAGUGGAUGCGAUGGCCAACCAAUGGAUGACACAAAUGAUGGACAACUGAUUGACACCAAAGAUCACUUGACGGCUGACGCGACUGGCGAUCACACAAAGACAUCGUCUGCGAGAAAACCUGAGUUUUGGUUCAAGUGUUUGGCCGAAGACUGCGAUUACGAGUUCAUCGCAAAGAUAUCACUGAUUGAACACAUGAAGAAUAGUCACCGAAUCCAAGACACGUACGAAUGCGAUGAUUGCGAUGACAUGUUUCUGACCACAGAUGCGCUCAAUCAACACAAACACCAAACUCAUAGUCUUAAGCCAUUUGUGUGCACUCAUGAGUCCUGUGGGAUGUGUUUUAUAAAAGAGUCUACACUUAAGCAACACAUUCUGGCCAUUCAUACAUCGAGUGGUGAACAAAGCCUUGAGGGUAACGAUAAUCGGGAAGACUUGUCUGGAUCUGAUGUCGUGAUCGAUGACACGGAUGAUAGCGAUAGUGAUUAUGUGGCACCAGUUGGCCGUCCGGGCAGUGAAUUCAAGUGCGAUUACGUGGGAUGCGAUCGAGUGCUGUCUUCAUCGCAAGCGUUCCGAAGACACCAAUUGACACAUUCUGUGGACAAGCCGUUCAAAUGUCCGGUCACUGGCUGUCACUUUCAGACUAUCCGUCGCUAUAAACUACGGAAUCAUUUGGACAAACAUUCCGUCGGUGAUCAGCCCUAUCUGUGCGCUGUCGAGGGUUGUGGUGAGUCCUGUUUCAGCGCCGAAGACCUGAGUAGACACCACCGACUGAGGCAUAAGUGGCUGAAGAAUCCCAUUCAUAGACCAGUGAUGAGAAAGAAAGAGAAGAAAUUCAAGUGCUCUCACGUUGGAUGCGAUGCAGUGAUGACACACAGAGAUCUGAAGAGACACCAGUGGACGCAUACGGCGGACCGACCGUUCAAAUGUCACGCCAUUGGCUGCGAGUUUAAGUGCAUACGAAGGGGUCAAAUGGAAGGACACGUGAUGACCAAACAUACCGCCGAUGAGUUCACUGAUAACAGUUACUACAGAUAUAAUAGUCUCGAAGACACUUCUGGAGAUGAUCUCGACGUUAGUGUCGGCGCCAAUGAUUCUAUGGAUAAUUCGUUAAUUGGCGGCGCUUUUCAAUGCGAUUACGAGGACUGCCGUAAAGUGUGUUCCGAGUGGUCGACACUAAAGCGCCACAAAUUGACGCAUUCUGCGGAAAGACCGCACAAAUGUCCGGCCAUUGACUGCCAGUUCCAGACCAUACGGCCGUAUCAGCUGCGCAACCAUAUGAAGCGUAAGCACGAAGGCGUCGCUUACUAUUGGUGUCCGCGCUAUAGUUGCGGUAAACUGUUUCUAACCGAUGAAGAACUCGCCGAACAUACUGUCGACAAUCACAGCCAAUCGCCAGUUCCUGUUAGUGGCCAGUCGUCGGCCAAAGUGUUUUCGUGCGGUUUCAUUGGUUGCAACAAAAAGUUUGCGAAAAAAUGUGACCUAAUUGGACACCGAUUCACACACACGGGUGACAAGGAGUUCCAGUGCACGGCCGAGGGCUGCGCCGAGCGGUUCGCGCGGCGCGCCUACUUGAACGAC